CAAAAAACUGCAAAAACGUCAGACCUCAUUCUGACGUUUUAGCCGUUUUUAUUGCUUAUUUGUGGAAGGUUUGGCCGAUCCAUCAAAUUUUGUGAUAUUCUGAAAUUUUUACCAGCCCUUUCACCUACAUUGAAUUAAGUAGGCAUACGCGACUACAGGAAAUGGCUACUUUUCAAAUUCAUCAAGAUAACGAAGAAAAUCUCCAUCAUGUUGCAACUAAAAAGUUUUCAACAACAGCAGCCAACGUUGGAAUCAAACAUGGACAGAAAAAAAUUUUUAUGGACAAUAGAGAAAAGCUGCAAGUACUGGAAAAUGGCGUACGAAUUAAUGCCAAAAAAGCAAAAUUAACUGAGACCAAAAAUGAAAUAGAAAACCAUAACCAGAAAGAUUCGAAACAGCUUGUGGAAACAACCUUUUUGAAAAUCGAAAAGGAGAACAGGGUAGCAUCCUUCAAAAAGGAGAAAGAUUAUUUUCCAAGAUCACUAUCACAGUGCGAUGAAUAUAAGCAGGAAAUUUGGCAGUAUCUCCGUCAUUUGGAGGAGAGGGGCCCUAAUCCAAAUCCUUCGUAUAUGGAUAAACAAACUGACAUCAACUGGAAUUCCAGAACUAUCCUCGUAGACUGGCUUGCAGGUGUAUCUGAGGAGUAUAAAUUUUGUGACGAAACAUUUCAUUUGUGCGUAAACUACAUUGAUCGAUUCUUGAGCCAAAUUUCCGUUGCUAGGAAUAAAUUCCAACUGGUUGGGGCAGCUGCAAUGAUGUUGGCCACCAAAAUGGAAGAGUAUCAUCCGGUAGAUUCGAAAGAGUGGUCGUACCUCACGGGAGACACAUUCUCUUCAAAGCAAGUUCUCAAAAUGGAGCAGCUUAUUCUGAAAGUUUUGAAGUUUAGAAUGCAGCUACCAACUAUCCAUGGUUUCAUCCAACAUCUCUCAACGGAACACAAAAUGGAUGAAAAAACAAUACAUCUGGCUAUGUACAUCAGCGAGCUGGUACUUUUGGAAGGUGAAGAAUACCUCAACCAUUAUCCUUCUAAAUUGGCAUCCGCUUGUAUCGCCUUGGCAAGACACAUACUCUCGAAAUCCACUCUUUGGCCGAAAAAAUUGAAAAAAAUUAGUGGUUACACUAUGAAAGAUUUGAGUCCGGUGGUUCAACGACAGAUCAAAACUCUCAAGGAUUCGCCAAUGAAGGAACAGCAGUCUAUCCAAUCAAAAUAUAAGAGCCCGAAGUACAAUAGGGUGGCUCUAAUGAAGCCGAAAGUGUUGUUGAUAGAGGAUUCCGAGAACGAAGAGGAAUGAAUGUAUUCCCCAGUGAGUACCGGCACUGGACGGGAUGACAAUCUGCGAUUUACAUCGUUUUUACUUUCGAUAUAAGUUUUAACUGUUCAUUUACAUAAGUAUUAUUUUAAUACGUACAUCAAUAGAUGUUUCCGAACUGUAAUUUUUAGGAGAUAUAUAAUUUCUUAGGUAUAAUUUUGAUACUUACGAGUAAUGUGACAGUGUCUCUCUUGGAAACGUCUACUAUUUUAUCUAUUGUAUUUACACUUUGAAAUUUUAAAUAUUGAUUUUUUUAUAUUAAACUAUUCAUGUACGUUUAUUUGAAUAUCAAUAACCAACACGUGUACUGAAUAUGUGAUAAUGAAUAAAUCAAUUAAUGCACGGA